UCGAAUGUUGUAAACGUCAAGCCGGCAAGUGAGCGGAAAACUCGUCACGUUCGUACGUUACGUCGUUAUAACGUUACAGUAGUACGGUUAGUUGAUUUGACACCAACAAUAAUUUGAAAAUUGGUAGACACCAAGAUUUUUUUGAGAUCGUACUGAAAUAAUCAGCUCUAAUGAGGGAAUAACAAACUAAGAACAAAUCGUCAAUCUGUUCAUUUACUUUCACUACAGUUUAGAGUGGCGUCGUCGUGUGUUUUUUUUUUGCAACAACAGUGUAGCAAGAAUUUUGUGAAAUAAUUAAAUGAAAGAGAAAUUUCUUUAAUAAGCCUACAUAGCUAAACGAAAUAUGAUUUUUGUAAUUGAAAGUGAAUCUUAAGAAGAUGUCUUAAUGAGCAGUGGUGUUAAGUGAAUUGAAAUAACGCUUCACUGUCAUUUGCCUUAGCGCGUGUGUUUGAUGUGUUUUAGAUUACAGUUUGAUAAAACAAGGCAACGGAGAAAAAAAUAAAUCCCAAAGGCUUUGGUUACUCUCUUUUCCAUUCAAGAGGUGUUGCUUAUCUACCGCCUUUAACCAAAAAAAAGAAAAAUUAAAGAAUCCCAAAGAAGAAAAAAAAAAACACAAAAAAUAAUUCUUUAAUUUAAACCGUCAACUUUAAUUGAUUUACAUUUGAUGGUUAUCUUGGUGUCUCUUCAAGAAAAGAAAGAAAGCUAAGAUAAGAAAAUACAAAAGAAAAACUCACCGUCCAGUCAUCCAUAGUGAAUGAAUGAGUGAUAUCCCCCCCCUUCAAAAGAAUUUUGUCCAUGUGAGUGAACAUAAAGAAUUUCUCAAAACAUUGCAAUACUCACCUUAAAAGCAAAGUCAUUGUGUGAUAAAUGAAGCUAAGUGGCAACUCUGUCUCUGUGUUACAAAGGCUAGAGCCAUCCCUAGUGGGUUGGCAGGUAUAACAAUUCGCCCAAGGACAGUCAACAACAACAACAGCACAAAAUUCGAGUAUUGGAAAAAUACCAUCAUAACAUUAUCAAUGAUAACAAUACAACAAUAAAACAACAACUGCGACAACGAAAAUAAGAAGAAAGCUAAGAAAAAUUGGAAGAACAUAAGUACUGCUAACAAGGAUUAACAAUGGAUUACCUGACAUAAGCAGCUCCAUGGCUUGUGUGCUUCCUUGAAAGCACCCACUCACAUGCAUAACUACGCUGACAUAAAUCGCCGAUAAGAAGUAGAAAAAAACACGAAAGAGUGAGAGAGUGGGGCCAAGGACAUAACCAACCAACAACUAAAAACUUCACAUUUCAGUGAUGUUCUUUAUGGGAAUCGACUCCAAGUGCAUGACCAACACCACCAUCAAGACUUUCUUCUUAUUUGCCCCAUUACAUACGGCCAUGCUUACUGGUCCUUUGUAAUCAUUUCCUCCCACACUCCUAGCUGGUGGCACCAUCACCAAGUAGUAGGGAUCGAAUGGAGAGCGACGCCCAACAUCUUAGCUUGUUAUCGAGCAACAUUACAACUGUAAAAGAUUCCAAUUUGUUGUUGUUGUCUUUGGUGUAUUGUACUCUUGUUGGCUGGCGGCGUUUUUAAUGUUUUUAUGGAUUCACAGGACUUUGUCUCCUUAAACACAAUUCAGCUCUCAUCUCAAGUUUCGAGCAUAUACGAACGAUCGAAUACACAAGAAAUAACAGGAAAUACGAAAGCUUGAGGAAAUGUAGAGAUAACUUCUUCUAGUUUGAUGUUCAAAUGUUCAUGUCUCCUAGGAGCAACACUACCAAAACAUUACAAUACUGCCAUCAUUAUCGAUGUGGUUUGCUCCACUACUCACUUACCCCCUGGAGUACAUUACAAAACAAAGGUUGAUGAAUGUUACUUCAAGUAAACGACAACAGUGUCGCAACUGAAGGCACAAUAAACGAACAACAACAACAACAACGACAUCAUUAGUCUUGUAAAAAUUUUAUUUCGAAAAAUUUUUUACAACGAAAGUGUAGACAACGAAGCGAAAUGUUAAAACGUUCUAAAUCGAAUCGCUCGCAAAGGGCGAAUCGUCGCAGUGGCAGUGGCAAAGCAGCAGCACAACAGCAGCGAUUGGAGGCUUUGGAGGACAGCAAUAGGCACAGCGAUGGCGAUUCAUCACAGUCUUCGAUAACAACUCCAGCAGUUUUUGCCUCUGUUCAUCGGACACGACAUGCGGGCUUAAAACGAAACGAUAUGGCUGCAAACAACGGAACUACAGCAGCCAUUGUCCAUACUCAAGGGACCAUGGCGGCGACAACCGCCUCAACAGGAGGAGUAGGAAUGAAGCCCACAUACCAACAAUAUCAACAACAACGUAGAAUUCAAUUUCAACAACAACAACAAAAACAGCAAAUGCAAUUGCAACAACCCUACUACACGGUAAACAUUGCAAAUUUGCCAAAGUCCAAUAAAGCCUCAGUGGCAUCAGGAUAUGCUACAAAUGGGGUCAUGGGAAGUGGAGUUGGUGGUGGUGGUGGUGGUGUUGGUGUAGGUGUAGGCAGCUAUGACAUUCAACAUCAACAAAUGCCUGCCAACAACCAACAGCAGCAGCAGUUUAUGCAGGCUGGUCUUACUCAGCAACGUCUAAACAAUGGCCACAUUCAACAGCAACCGCAUCAACAUUCACAGCAAACGAAAUCCCUCAAUACACAGGCAAUGAGCCGCAUACCAAUCCAACAUCAAAAGAUGCAACCACAUCAGCAACAGCAAACAACACAACAACAGCAGCAACAACAUCCUUCACAACAUCCACAAAUGCAGGCGGCAGCAUCAUCGUUCAAUCACAUUUCGAAAAAUGCCACAAAUCUAUUGAACGAUAUAUACGAGCGUAACUUGUUGAGCCAUACGACAUUUGUGGAAAGUGAGCAACAACAACAGCAGCAACAAUUGCUGCUGCAACAACAGCAACAGCAAUUUUUGCUGCAACAAAGAAAUGCUGCCAGGCCUCAAAUUCCCCUGCCUACGCAAUGGUCACAAAAGGGCCCCUUAAGGACUUUUAAUAAAAUCAUAGCGCCCCCCACGUCGGGCGCCAAUUAUCAACAACAUUUUCAAUUUUCCGACUCCUAUGUGGAACCGGUGGAUACCAAAAAAUAUUUCCUGCUGGAAUCGCAACAUCCACCACCACCACCAGCUCCCCUAAAUCAUGUCUAUGAAACCAUACGCGAGAGGCCACCUAUGCCGCCGCCACCGCCCGAACGUAAUCAGAAUCAGGCAACACCCCCACCCUUGCCACCCUCGCGUCUGCUCAAGAAGAAAUUGAUGGCCAGCCAAGGUGGCGUUGCAACAUCUGGCAGUGCCUCCGGCACCAAUGGCCGAGCACAUAAAUCUCACAAAAAGUCCAGCCAUGACAAGGAUGUGGAUAAGAAAGCGUCACAUGGCAGCAAAUUAACGCACAAUCAGCCGCCCGCUUAUGUGGCCCCGCCACCACUUCUGGCGGCCAAUGGUGCAGCGCCGAAAAUGACGCCGUCAUAUCCCUACAAUCCCCAGCAAAGAACCAAAGCCGAUGGAGAACAUAAAUCCAUGCUGUAUCAGCAGUUGAGGGAACAGAAGAAUGCACAUCAGCCCCAGAAAAUGAACCAAAAUGCCAGCAACGAAGGCAACAGCAAUGGUGGGCAACAUUUAAAUAAUAACAUGCCAAAACAUGUCUCCUCUGCAUCUUCUUGCCAGGCGACAGGCAAUGCAACGCGUGAACAUCCUUUGGGAGCCCACGAUGAAAAUGCCCCACACCAACGUGCAGCUACAAAUGCCUCAACUACCUCCUGCAAUAAUAACACAAGCGUACCCAAUGAAAGCUUCUCAUCCCUAAUGGAGGAGCAUGAACAGGAAGUCAUGCAACAACUCUCGGUGGAACAGACCCUGCAGCAGGCUGGCCUAUUGCCCACCAACGGUGGCGGCCUCCAUCAGCCAUGCUCGUCUACAGCUGCCACGGCUACGGCCUUGCAAAAUAAUAAUGGACGCAACAAUAGACCCUCAGCCCUGCCCAUCGUAUUCGAAGAGGAUACGGGCGAGUUUCAGGAUGUGUUGGUACUCGAACAGGAUGGCACGGCCAAAUUGCCCUACCGGCAUGGCAAAAAGAUUGAAGUCAGUCUUGAAACGGCACAAGCAAUGGCUGCAGCCGCCUAUUAUGCCAGAGCGGCUCAGAAACUUGCAGCACAAAGUACAUCAUCAAAAUCAUCACGCACCACCGAUAUGGCAAAUACUUCCUCACGCAAUGGUGGCUUCUGUGGCGCCUUACAAAGGGCGCCACCGCCCAUGCCACCCGGUUUGGCGCGUCGUUUGGCCAAUAAGGAGAAUUAUGGCAUAGGCAAGGUUAAAGUUAUGUUGCGUGUAUCUGACACUCAUACGGAUACGGAAACUCCCCAUUUCAUGGCCGUGGAUAAAAAGAAGCGGCAAGUCACCCUAACAGAUCCUGCGGCGGCCUCCAAUCUGGCCGCCUGCUCAUCACAAGAACGAGGGCCCAUGGUGGCCGCACCCAAAAUGUUUGCCUUUGACAAUCUCUUCACUGCUGAGGAUCAACAGUCUGAUGUUUGUGCCUCUGCUUUGUCUGAAGUAAUCCCUGCCGUUUUAGAAGGAUCCGAUGGCUGCCUGCUUACCAUUGGUUAUCCUAAUUCCGGUCAGUCCAAGACUAUGCUGGGUGGCGUUAAUCCGCCCACGGAAUUAGGUGGCAUUCCUUGUGCGAUUUCUUGGCUGUACAAAGGCAUCAACGAACGCCGUCAAAAGAGCGGUGCCCGUUUUUCGGUGCGUGUCAGCGCUUUGGGCGUAAGUGCCACGAAACCGGAUUCAACGUCAAAGGAUUUAUUAGCUGCUCAUGCGACGGACUCUGAUGACUCUCCGGGGGUUUAUUUGCGUGACGAUUUUCUGGGUGGCCCCACCGAGUUGCGUGCCCCCACUGCCGAACGUGCUGCCUUGUUCCUAGAUGCUGCUCUGGCUGGCAGACCACCACAAGGUGGUCUGGAGCCAGCCAUGAUAUUUACCCUGCAUGUCUAUCAAUACAGUCUAUCACGUAAAGGUGGAGUGGCCGGAGGACGAAGUCGUUUGCAUCUUAUCGAUUUGGGAGGCUGUGCCAAUCGUACGGGCGGUUUGCCUCUAUCGGGCAUAGGAAAUAUUCUGCUGGCCAUCUUAAGUGGUCAGCGGCAUCCGCCCAACAAGGACCAUCCUUUGACGCCCCUGCUGAAAGAUUGUCUGGCUCCGUUGACAUGUCAUGUCUCCAUAAUGGCUCAUGUUAUGCAUACCCAGUCGCAUACGGAUGCUUUGACCACCAUACAAUUGGCCUCACGUAUACAUCGCAUGCGGAGAAGAAAACAUCGCUUUCCCUUGGCAGGUGAUAAAUCAGCAGUGGGCGGCCUCACUGCAGGACUAAAUGGUCAUCAAUCUACUGGCUCAUCGGCUGGUUCCGGUGCUGACCCUUCCAGUUCAGAGCUUUCGGCUGACACUGUCAUUUAUAUGGGGCCAGGAGAUGAUGCCACCGAUGGUGAACAUCCGCCAGUGUAUUUGCCCUCUUUGAGCAGUGGCGAUAAUCGAGGAGUGAUGAGCAAGGCACUCAAAGGUAGUGGCGUGGAGAAACAGCAGCCCAGUCCUUCCAAAAUACCAAAUUCUGCCAAAAAGGCCAGCGCACAAAAAGCACCGCAGAGUCCCAGUGUGGCUGCCAGAACGGGUAGUUUAAAGCGUGGCAUGGCCCAUAGUCCCACACCUCAGGCAACGCAAAAUACCAAUGCCAUCAGUGGCGAGCAGCAGCAGUUCUAUUCUCCUGUCCAUAGUGUCAAAACUUUGCCCAACUCCGCCUCCUCGCCCAAAAUAGUGGCGGGCUCCCUUAGGCAUCCUGGCAUGACGAUGAUGUGCUCUAAGGCUUCCAAUGUGCCCUCGCCCAAGGGUUCCCCCCUAAGAAGGCCUGGUGUGGGAGGUUCUGCAGCGCUUGCCGGUGCUACAGAGGCGGUUGAAUGUCCUGGCAGUCCCAUGCGCAAAAUCACCGAGGAACAAUGGAUUGAUGGCCCUAGAGUUUCGCGAGCCAAGGUGGCCGAGGCUCGCCAUUUAAUGCGUGAGGUCAAUCACAUCAAGCAAUGUGAAACCUGGAUAGAUGGUCCCAAGUCACAAUCGAGCCGUUCCCUGACAGCAGGCAAUUUGCCCAUAGCUCCUUCGCAAGCUCAGGGUUAUGGUUUCAUGGAUUCCCAUAAGAAGUCCAUGAUUCGCCAAUGGGUGGAGUUCCAAACGUCACAAGUCUUCCAAACCGCCUCGGCUGGUUCCUCGCCCACCCAUACCCACCGUGAACAACAGGCCCAACAUUUGCGCAACAUUACCUUCCAUAUGGCACAAUUGAAGCAAAAGUCCCUGGACAACAACGAGGAUAUCUAUGCCACAAGUACAAGGCAGCAACAGCCGCAAACUCUCAACAACCAGGCUAACGCAUCCGAUCAACACUCUCUGCACAGCAGUCAACUGGAAUUGGUGAAUCCUUUAGGUCCCGGCCUUACCAACGCUCUAAGUACCACCAAUGCCUCAGCACCAGCCGAAAUAAGAGAGUCCCAUCACUAUCGCCAAAAUUCGGGACACUCACAACCAGCCGGCCUAUCCUCCUCAACACAUCUGAAUCAUCAUGCACACCUGGACAACUUUAAUACCGAUGAGACUGAUUUACACUCCAUACACUCGCAUGGAAAUGUGGGCUAUGGCCUUAUAGGUCAUCAACAUCAUUCCCACACACAUCUGCCUCCCACCUCAGCUUCGGACUCAAAUCUUCCUAUGGAUCGUCAAAACGAUUGUGAUGAAGACCAAGAUAGUGGUCCUUCAGAAGUGCCACCAGCAUUACCCUUGAUAGAGCCCUUGGGCUCCAGGGAAAUAUCCCAUGAGAGUCUACAUCGCAUAUUGUCAAGGCAUGUGUCGCGGGAGUCGUUAUACCAGCAGCAGCAGCAGCACCAGGAGCUGAGACGGCAUGAAGUGGAACAGCAGCAGCAGCAGCAGCAACAACAUAUGGUGCAAAGGCAAUUAUCACGACAAUCCUCUCACCAUUAUUCGCAACACAGCAUGGGUAUGUCGGAUUGUGGUCUGCAGGUGACCGAGGAGGAAAUUGCUCGCACCAUGUCAGCAGGAGGAGGUGACCAUCCCUUGGCGGCUUUGAGUCACGUGGAGAAUAUGUCCAUAGUGUCCAGUUUCAAUAUGGCUGGCGAUGCGUUUAGUGAUUGUGCCAUGGGUGAUAGGACAAGAAAUCAAUUUGACCAAUUAGCGCGUUUACGUGAGAUAUUUACCUCGCAGCUGGCCAUGGCCGAAGUAACACCGGUUUUUCGCAGCGGUUGCGAUGUAGGUAGUGUAUACAGUGAACCGGCCUAUCGUUUUAAUACCGGCCCAGGAAGUGUAUGCAGCGAACCACCCUAUAGACCACCCAGCCCAAGACAACCUUCACGAAGCCCCAGCCAAGGAAGUCUGCCGAGUCUGAAUGGCAUUAUGCAAAUUGCAGGCAUGGAACAGUAUGCCUCUCUGCGACAUCCUGAUGGUGCUUCAGAUCCUAAUUUACCCAAAAUUGAGAAACCCUUUGUGCUGGAGCAUGAGGAUAUCUGUGAAGUUGAUGAGAAAUCGGCUUUGCUCUCUCCCUCGAAGAGAUCCUCUUUGGAUCAUGAGCAGGAAGAACAUGAUGAUGUGGUGCUCACACAAUUGCAUACAUCCCUACCCAUAACCACACAAUCCCAGCUACCUCUGUUGCCCUUGAAUACCUCCUCCGAGGCCUACGAUAGUGGCCAUGACAGUUCAACACCGCGCACCUCCAAACAUUCAGGCAUAUCUCGCAGAGCUGAAAGUGGUUAUCACAGUGUGGCCACAGCGCGCGAUAGUGAUGAGAGCAGUUUUACCUCGGGCCUAUCGAAAGAGCAUCAUAAUCGCAUUACCGUAAAAAAGAAGCGACAGGAGAAAGGUUUGUGCACCUGGCUAAUGAAUCCCUUUACCUGUACUUAUCCCGAGACUGAGGGAGAAAUCAGUGAUUUCUAAACACCCGCUGUCCACACGAGCUAAUGAAACACCCACCACCAAAAACGGCAUUUAUUGUCCUGUAACUGUAUAAAAAUGUAGUAGGCUAUACUUCCUAAUACCCUAUACUAUAACCACAAAACGAAGCAUGAAUGGAAUGAAACAAAAAUCGAAGAAAAGAUUCAAAUCGAAAUUUAUUAUCAAUCUCGAAAUUCAAAGGCCAAAUUUUAAUUUUAAAGAAAAGAAUUUGAUGCAAAUAUGAUAUGACUGACAUUUUUUAAAAGUAGUUAUGACAAAAGAUUUAGAAAACAAAAACAAAAACAAAAAUUAUAACAAAAUAUUCCCAAAUAGCCACAAGUAAGAUGAUGACUAUGGUGAUCACUUGAUCGCAAUGAAGGCGGAAUGCAUUAUGCCCUGUUAACUUAAGCUUUACUUUGAUGGCAUACCUAAAAGCUUUGGUGUAUUUAAAGCUUAAAGCUUUUGCUCAAGCUUUCAAGCUAUCCCCUUCCCUUCUCUAGCUAUCUCAUCAUUCUCUCACAAAAAAGAGAAAACUCACAUUUGAAAUCGCACAAAAGAAAUACACAACACUUAAUUAUUUCAUAGUCAAAAUUAUGUUGCAAAGCUUUUCCUAUUACCCACAAAGUGACAACAACAUCAACCGUAACAUAAAAAACAGCUUUUUUUAAGUUCUUAAAAAAAAGAAUUACAACCAGCCUUAACUAAAAUGAAACUUUUUCAUCAUUAAAGCCCUCUAUGUUAUUCUUACAAAAUAUCACACUCACUCUCUUUGUGAUGAAGCCAAAGAGAAAGCUUUACGUAUAUUAUUACUAUUAUAAAUACUAUAAUUAUUAUGAUUAAUUUUUUAGUUAUUGUUACAAAUAAUUUUUUCAUUGUUAUUAUUGAUAUGUGUUAGCAAGCAGAAAAUAUUGCACAAGAUGGGGUAAGUGUUGAUGCAUAAGAAGGAGAAAUUCGUUUUUUA